AUGCACAGCAUUUUCAUCCCCUUCUAUUCCCUGAUCACAACCCAUCUGCUUGGGCUGCUCAGCAAGGAGAAGUCCAGUUGGGAGCUGCCUGCCCUGGCCUUCCUUGUUGAGGCCGAAAGCAUCUGCAGCCUGGCUGAGCACCUCGUGGAGCUGCUUCAUGAUGGAGACGGAGAUGUGGUUGCCAUGACCCUCUCUGUAUUCCUGAAUAUGCUCCAGGACAAGGACAUCGAAGCAUUCAGCUCCACUGCCCCGAGGCUGGCUGAGGCGCUCCGGCCACUCUUUGAUAACGACAACACCCAAGUGCAGCUGCUCUCCCUUCGCCUCUUCCAAGAGGUGAUGGAGUUGCUUGCAGAAGAGGGACGAAAGACCUUGAAUAUGCAGGUGCACCAGAGCCUGGUCCCCCUGUUCUUCCAUCUGCACGAUGAGAACCAGUGCGUGGCAGAGGCCUCUCGGGAAACACUGCUUUGUGCUGCAAGUUUCCUCAAGAGGAGGGAUCUCGAGCAGGUGCUGAGAAGACAGCAGCCCAUCAAGUUCUGCGAUUGCCUGAUGGACAAGGAUGUCAGCCGAAGGGAUGAGCACCUGCACCAAGCCCUGCCAUAUCUGCAGAGCCCACAGCAGCCCCUGCGAGAGGUGGCCGUCAGGUUCAUGGGGGUCGCCGCAUGGCACAUGCAAGACCUGCAGCCCGUCAUGAAGGCCCUGGAAGCCAUGACCAAAGAUGACUGCUCCUCCUACUCCACCAUGCAGAAUGCAGUCUUGUCUGCUUUUCGACGGGCAGUAACUAAGUAA